AUGCUCUUUAAAAACAAACAAAAUAAAAUAUCAAAAAACUGUUUCGCAAGUUUGCAGCCCAAGCCAGGUGUGCAUGUGGCCAGGGGCGGAGGAAGGGAGGUGCGAUGGGGACAGGUUGCCCCAGGUGUCUUCGCUCAGGGGGGUGACAUUCGGUGUGCUGCCGAAGCCUACCCCAAGCCGUCAGGGGAAGGGGGGAGCUGCGCCACUUUGCUGGCAGCAUUCCUCCCUUCCCCCUUCGUUUUGACAACUGGGGGGGGGCGAAUGUCCGCCCUCAGUGGCUCCCUCCACCCCCAGCUGCAGGGCGCGUGCACCGCUCUGUGCACCCGAGUGGCUAUCCUGCGCCUGGGAGGGCACCCUCUGUGCCGCGUUCUGACCCCCUCGGGAGCACGCCCACCCUGGGCAGCGCAGGCAUAUGCUCUGCCGCUGCAUGUGGCAUUGAUAGGAUGGCAACUACAACAAUACACACACACACAGUUUUCCGCUUUAAAAAACACUUUUGUCCUUUUUUCAUUAACAGAAUAA